AUGAUUAAUUCAAGUACAUCGUGUCGACAUCUAAUUAAUCUAAGAAAACUCAGCCGAGAGUAUGAACAAUAUUAUAUAGGGGAUAGGGAUGAAGAAAAGAGAAAAAGUGGUAGUGGAAGCAGUCACUGGGCUGGUGCUAAAUCGAUAGAAUCGUAUGAAGGGCGUUUUUUACGAAACACAAUGCAUGGCCUUGGCGAUUAUUUUUGGAGGUUUCGAGGACCUGAAAACGCGAGUAUAACCUACGAAGGACACUUUUACUGCAAUCAAAUCCAUGGUUAUGGAACCAUGUCCUAUCCAAAUGGAAAAACUUUUAAUGGUUUGUUCUUCAAUAAUGUUCGAUGGGGCCCCGGCGUUGAGUGCUACGCUAACCUGCGUGAUAAUGUAGGUCUGUGGCGAGGUCAUCAACUGGUGAGGCUAGUUUGGCAACCUUCAGCUCCUAAUAUUGUACCAGAUUUAACUUCCAUCAACAGUGGUCGAAGUAUAGUAGAGUCGCAUAGAAUUAUAUUAACUAAAAAAGUCGAGAUUGUAAGUGAAAUAAACAACGCGUUGGAACUGCUUAAACAAUGUGGUGCUGUCCCCGUAGUAGCCGUUAAUAGAUGCAGUAAAAUAUACCCAAAGUACUGCACAGAUGUCCAUAGUCCACUUUGUCAUAUUGAUUUUUUCAAUCACGAAUAUUAUGAAGGAAAAAUUUACACUCUUCAUGAAACUGAAAAUAUUUCACAGGAGAUUAACAACGAUGAGAUUGGUACUUAUUAUGCUUGGAAUAACAACAGCGUAAUAAUUGAUAUGAUGAAACAUUGCUACAAGCAUGAGAAACAAAGAAACACACCAAUAUUAGACCUUAAAUCGAUAUUAUCUGGACCCAGGACGCAAUUUAAAUCAGCUGGACCGCAUGAAUUGCAAUGCAGGACACUGCUGAUGGCUUGUUACUUGGGUUAUAUCAAUGAAGUCACUAAACUCAUUAAUGAGAACAACAUCCACCCUGAUAUAUGUGACGGUAAAGGAAAUUCUGCUUUAACGUACGCAGUAUGUGGAGAUCAGCCUGAAAUAAUUCAUUUUCUAGUGGAAGCUGGUGCAAAUAUUGACUAUUGUAACGACAGUUGCUGCACACCGCUUGCUGUUGCUUUAAUGCGAUACACUUGUGCUCAAAAUGACAUUGCUCCUAACGAGAUGCUGUACGCUAUGCUCCCACCGCCCGUAACGUCUGUUCCACCACUAAGUGAGCAUAACGUUCUUGAAUGGAAUUUAAUACGCAGUCAAUUAUCUGCGAGUACGGGUGGUACUGUUAUGAGGACUCCAAGCAAAACAGCACGGAAUAUGAGUUCGAAGAAAAUAAAGUCGUUAGUGUCGUUGAAAGAUCAGUCGUCAUCAAAAAGAAAAGCUGAAUCCUUAUUUCAAAUAGCAGAUCCAGAUCAUAAAUCAUUUUCAGAAGAACAGGAAUUAUACAAUGAUAUAACACGUGAAUAUUGUAUAAGUGUAACAGAUUAUUUUACACCUCCAAAUAUUACUACUAGUACUCCGCCCUAUUUAUUUGAUGUCGUUGAUAUGAUUAAAGAAAUUGAAGCAAAUGAAGAAAAUCAAAAGAAACAAUCUGAAAAGAAUCCGAAAAAAGUAUUAUCUAAAGUAAUUAAAGAAACGAUUAAGACAAGCAAGGAAAUUAUUUACGACAAUAAUGAGAAAGAAAAGCAAUCUAUCGAUAGUGAAGACAAACCGAAAGUAACUCUGUUGUCGAAAAUGAUGUCAACUAUUUUACAAUUACUGUCAGAUGGUGCUGAUCCGAAGUCUGUUCGUUGUCCCCACUCAGCAUUAUUUAUGGCAGUAAUCUCAAAUUGUCCUACUUUAGUACGACAUUUAGUAUAUAGUGGUGCAAAUGUCCAUGAAAGUUACCCACAAUUUUUCGACUAUUCCUGUUUAGACGUGAUCGUGUCUCGUCCUUUCACCCAAGCUAAUCUUGAAAUUGUCAAAGCUCUAUUAGAAAAUGAUGCAGACGUAAGUCACAGACUUCUUUACAAACAAGAAACAAAAGAUGCAACAAAUCCUUACAUAUCGAUACCAGGUCCUACGCUAUUACAUAUUGCGUUAGGGAAAAAAAUUGAAAACUGUAAUGAAGAAAAUAUACGCUGUCAAUUGGUAGGAUUGUUACUUGAACAUAAUUGCAAUCCAGCUGAAUUGUUCAAAGGUCGAUCGGCAAUUGAUAUAGCAAUGAACAAAAGCAUGGAACUCUUUAAUAUUUUUAUUGAAAAUCGAAAAACAGAUCUCAACGCAAUUAUAAAUGACUCGAAUCAAAGUAUUUUAGUCAAGUUUUUUAGUAUUUCUUACUUCAGAAGCUAUGCAGUCGCGGAGCGAUUAUCAACGUUAACAAAUUUGCUACUUUUUGGUGCUGAUCCAUUAAUUAAAUGUCAAAACGGUGAAGAAUCGUACCAGAAUAUAUUCGUUUUUACGAAACAAACAUUAAAUGAAAUGGAUAAUACUAAUUAUAAACCGACAAAUCAACCGAAGCAGCAUGAUUUAAAAGGUAAGAAGUCACAUAAACCGAAAAAAGAUGAGAAAUUAUCAAAUAAGUCAAUGGGAAAAAUGACAGCCGAUGAAGUAGAAGAUUACAAGCAGGCGAUAGAUCUUAUGACUGACUGCGCGAGACUUAUUCAUAUAAGAUGGCUGCAAACAAAAUUACUAAAAAAAUUGGUGGAAGUUAUUUAUAAAUAUAGACAUCGCAAUUGGAAUAUUAUAAUAAAAGAUUUGCAUAGUGACGUCUAUGGUAUGUGGCUAACUCCUUUGCGAUGCCUUGAAAUAUUGGACGUCUUAUCCAUUUCUAAAAAGAAGUUGUACAAUGACAAAGGAGUAUUGAGACAUUUACUCUGUAUAGUCAUAUUUAUGUCCUGGAAGAAUUAUGGACAGAAGAAUAUAAGUAAACAGUCAGCUCAAAUUCUUACGAGUUCUUUAAAAAAUAUGAUAGAAAAUGAUGUUACUCGUAUUUUAAGACAUAAUUUUAGAAGAAAACAGACGUCUGAAUUCGAUAUCAAGUCAUUUAAUUUUUCUUACAUAAAGCCAGAGCUAGUUACUGAUGGUAAAAAGUUUAAUGUUUGUUUCGAGUGUAUCCAACCAUUAAGUGAAAACAAGACUGUAUGUGACUAG